AUGAAGAAGAACAAGAAUGCUGAAAAUUUUCAGCCUUUACUCAAAAGAAAGUACGAAAGAACCAUCUCAAAAAAUGUCGGAAAAGUGAGUAAAAGCUUCACCAAAAUUAAGAAAAUAUUAAAUGUGAUAUAUAUUGACAGUACUGCCAAGUUGGCCAAUCCCCAUUUGGAUACCAUGCCUUCGGAUUUUUUGUACCACCUGGAUAUUAAUGUGGCCAAUACCCAAGACACUGGUGAUAUUCAACAGAGAUUCGGCGAUGUCAGGGUAAUCUGCAUGGGUGGAACUGCUUCCCGGAUGCGGGACUUAGCUUUAUAUAUGCGAAAGGUUUUGGAGGUGUCGGACUCAAGUGAUCCAGUGGAUUUGUGCGAACGUGGGCAUCGCUAUGCCAUGUAUAAAGUGGGUCCGGUGUUGUGCGUGAGUCACGGCGUUGGAUCCUCGACUUUCAGUGUGGUUCUUCAUGAGCUUCUCAAGCUGGCCAAGUAUGCCCGCUGCCAGGAUCCCGUCUUCCUGCGAAUCGGCACCUGCGGAGGAGUGGGAGUUCCACCUGGUACAGUGGUGGUCACCAAGGAUGCAUUUAACGGUCUGCUGCGCAACGAGCAUGCAAUCGCAAUUCUUGGAAAACUAGUGGUGCGACCGGCUCAGUUUUCCGUGGAUGUGAUCAAGGAUAUUAUGGAAUAUGGUGCUGAUCCCAAGGACGGUUUUCAGACCAUAAGUGCCAAUACAAUGGGAACAGAUUGCUUUUACGAGGGUAGGUGUGCAGUAGGUUUUCCCAAAUCUGCGUUGCUCUAUGGGAAUUUCUUUUACCUAGGUCAGGGACGCAUCGACGGAGCAAUAUGCGAAUAUACGGAGCAGGAUAAGAUGGACUUCCUGAAAAAGUGCCAUGAUCUGGGAAUCCGGAACAUUGAGAUGGAGGCCAGCAUGUUCGCCUCCGUGACCCAAAAAGUUGGUGUGAAGGCGGGCGAUGUCUGCGUGACCAUUGUAAACCGCCUUCAAGGGGAUCAGGUUACCGUCACCAUGGAACAGAAGCACGAAUUCGAGCAGCGUCCCUUUCUGGUGGUUGGUCGCUAUAUUAAGAAACUACUGCAGCAGUGAUUCUGCCAUCAUUUAUUUAUAUUAUAUCUAUUUUUAUGCACCCCAACAAUGAAUAAAAAACCCUUGCUGCAGUUACCUU